AUCUCUCUUGGGCUCAGGCAAUCCGCGCCGACGUCAAGCGUGUUCUGAAGGCUCUCGACAUCGACUACACAGAGAUCCGAGGAGGUUUCAGCUGCCGUACCGGGUCGCGAGCUGGUGGCAAGAAAGGACAAGAAACCCCGCUGAGCCCGGCGGCCACCCCUGGGCACCGCCCGCGUCUGAGCUUCGGCUUCCGACCUGAUAAAGAACGGGAGGAGAUCCGAGAGAUGGACAAGGCACCGCCAACACCCCGGACACCAGGCAAGGCCUCGGCAGAGCGCAGCGGUUCGGCUUCUGAGCUGUCAGAGCAGGAAGACCACCGCCGUGACCCGACAGGAUCGGCGCGGCGGCUCCCAGGGGAGACCACCACCCACGUUCAGCACGACAUGGGAGACAACACAGUGGUUGCAUUCGAAAUGCUUAUUGUCAAGGUGCCACUCCUGUCGCUGCACGGGCUGCAGUUCAAGAGGAUUGAGGGCAACACCUGGCAAUUCAAGAACCUGGCGGGCCACAUCCUCAAGGAGCUUCGACUUUAAUCAGUC